CGAGCACGCCAUCUGCCGUGACGUCUUGGCGAUCCCGGACUGUAGAUGCGGAGGUGUAUCCCACUUGACCUCUGCUCAUUCAUAUCAACGCAGAAAUCGCUGUAUCUUGACCUUUGCUUGGUGCUAUAAUAGUCAUGGCAUUUACCACUGUCCCAGUCCUGGAUUUGGCAAAAGCCAACGAUCCACGAACAAAGCCCGAACUACUAGAAGAACUACGUCAUGCUCUCAUGGAAGUAGGCUUCCUAUACAUCAAAAACACUCCAAUACCAGACAAUCUGUUCGAGCAAGUGAAAGCCGCGGGAACAGCAGUGUUCGAUAUACCAGAGGAAGAAAAACUCAAGAUUGAGAUGAAGAACGCCCCUUCCUUCCUAGGAUACUCUCGACUAGCAGCGGAAAUCACAGCCGGCAAAACAGACCAACGGGAGCAAUUCGACUUCUCAACUGAACAUCCGCUUCCAAAACCAGGAGCACCUCUGUACGAUAACCUUCGAGCACCAAAUCAAUGGCCUUCCGAGACCGCACUCCCCGGCUUCCGAGAUGUAUUCACAGAUUAUAUGACUAAAAUGAGCGAGAUGUCUAUCGCAUUCACCUCAUUGAUCGCAGAGGCUAUGCAUCUCCCCAGGGACGCUUUUGACAAAUACUUUGAUCAAGAUCAACAGCAUAAGCUCAAGAUUGUGAAGUAUCCUGCUCUAUCCACCCUUGAUCAGGAAGCAGGAGUUGAAGGUCAAGGUGUGGGGCCGCAUAAGGAUUCCAUGUUGACCAGCUAUCUGCUACAGGUCACCAACCACAGAGGUUUACAGGUGCAGAAUGUUGCUGGCACAUGGAUAGAUUGUCCUCCUAUUCCUGGAACGCUUGUUGUGGCUAUUGGACAGGGUUUGGAGGCUUUGACGCAGGGGGUUUGUGUUUCGACUACUCAUCGGGUGCUAUCGCCGUCCGCUGGCUCCGGUGCUAGGCUGUCCAUCCCCUUCUUCCAAGGCGUGAGAUAUGAUGCAGAGUUCGAUGAGUUGGAUGAAGUGGGGGUGGGCAAUGUUCCGGAAGACAUCAAAGAGCAACGCCGUCGGAUUAUCGAGAAGAAUGGAGGCAGAAUCGAUGAUGUCGAAUUUACAUUCAAGAAAGGGAAUAAAGCAAAAACGCUUGGUGAAGCUACAUUGAGGAAUCGGGUCAAAAGUCAUCAAGAUGUGGGUGAGAGAUGGUAUCCUGAUGUUCUUCGAGAUUUGCGUGAGGAGUGGGCAGCUGCAAAGUAGUGAAUCUUUG